CGUAGAAAGAGUAUUUUUACAAGCAAAUAUAAAUAUUCGAAAGCUUGGAUCGUCGACGUCAUUGCAAGAGAAUUUCUGAGAUGUUACAUUUGUGAUUAAGAUAAUAAUUGCCAUCAUUACAUACAUCUUGUGACAAAAUCUAUUAUUCCGUUUCCAGUGUUUCAUGUAAUAUUUUCCCAUAAAUAAUCAAUUUCGCUCCGAACGAUGUCAGACGAUGAAGAUUAUAUGUCUGAUAAAUUUCUACAAGAUACCGAACGAAAUAUCUCGUCGAGUCUUAUAUACAGACAUUCUGAUAAAAGAGAAUUUGCAUUAAUGAAGAAAAAAGCUGAAAUUCAAUCUAGAAACAAGUCAAUACAUGUAGUCGAAGCAGAAAAAAGGGAGGAAGGCUUGUCAUCUGCUAUUACCAGUGCAAAUAAAGGUUUUGAAAUGUUGAUGAAAAUGGGAUACAAACCUGGUCAAGGAAUAGGCAAGACUCAAUCAGGAAUGACUGAGCCAAUUUCUGUGGAAGUGAAAGUGGAUAGACAAGGUCUAGGCAAAACAUUAAAGAAAGAUACAUAUAAACCUAAAAAUACAAAUGCAAAAUUAAAUAAUAUGGAUACCAGAGAUUUCCGUAACAGGUUGGCCCAAGAAAAAGCGGAACAGCUGCAAAAGAUCGAUUUAUACAAAAGUCAAAAGGUGUGUCAAGAAUUGGACACUAAAGAAAACAUCGAAAAACCUGAAGAGUCAUGGUUUUGGGUAGAGAACAAAGAAGAAAAAGAAGAUGAUGAUACUCAUGACGAUAUCGAGGAUGACCAAAUUUUCAAUAAUUUAGAAAAACUUGACAUUCUUACUAAAUAUUUAAGAAAAAAAUACUUUUACUGUAUCUGGUGCGGAACGAAAUUCAACGACGAAGAUGAUUUAAGAGAUACUUGUCCGGGAAGUACAAGAAACGAUCAUUGAGUUAAAUAGAAUAUUAUAUUUAUAAUUACUUAAAUAAUAAUUAUAUUUAUAUUAUAUUAGAAAAAUGAUAUCAAUAAAUUUUGGACAUCACUAAAAACAUUCUCCAAUCUUGUCGAGCGUGUACCUCAAAACAUGAUAAACACACAACGAAAGAAUCCUAGGUAAAAUUAAAUUACUUAAAUAUAUGAUCAAUUCCAUUAUGUGAUACGCGAGACAUAAAAAACCCAUUAGCGGAUAUAAUGCAAAACAUUGAAAAAGCAAUAUUCCGGACGAGAAAAAAUCGAGUAUUGAGCAACUACUACGAACAGAAGAGUCUUUACUUCC